AUGCACGUCUCUCUUCAGGCACUCGCCAUCUUCCUUGGCGCCUCCUCGAUGGUUGCGACUGCGCCAACUGAGGCAUCUGCAAGUGAUCUUAUGCUGGACUUGAACAGACAGGCAAUCAAUGCUCUCGAGGAUACCGUCACUCAGUUCAAUGAACGAUCGACCCCUAAGAAAUGCACAAUUGCCAACGCUGCUGUACGUCGCGAUUGGACCGUCAUGUCUAAGAAGGAGAGGAAGGCUUACAUAAAGGCUGUGAAGUGUCUGCGCGACAAGCCUUCCAAAGCCAAUCCUGCUUUUGCACCUGGUGCUCGCAGCAGAUAUGACGACUUUGUAGCCGUCCAUAUCAAUCAGACUCUCAGUAUUCACGGAACAGGCAACUUCCUCACUUGGCAUCGAUACUACACUUGGGCGUAUGAGAAGGCUCUCCAGGAUGAGUGUGGUUACAAAGGUACCCAGCCUUAUUGGAAUUGGUUUGAGACUCGCGACUUUGCUUCUCACCCAUUAUUCGAUGGCUCAGACACCAGCAUGAGCGGUGAUGGAGAGUACUUCAAACACAACGGAUCGUUCGGUGGAAGAGGAACCAUCCAUGUUCCCAGCGGCAACGGUGGCGGCUGUAUCAAAUCUGGCCCUUUUGCCGGUGCUGUUGCUAAUCUCGGCCCACCUGCACCCAGUAUGGAUGGAAUGGUAGCUACCAAGACACCCCUCGAGUACAACCCCCGUUGUCUCCGUCGCGACCUAUCACGCUACGCCAUGGAACAGUGGAUGACGUAUCCAAAUCUGCACAACCUUACACUCGGCGUUGCUUCCAGUAACAUUGAUAUUAUGCAGAAGGAGUUUCAAGGAGGACGAUUCGCAGAGGGAUUCCUGGGCCUACACGGUGCUGGACAUUAUGGAGUCGGUGGCGACAACUCUGAUCUCUACUCGUCGCCCAACGAUCCCAACUUUUUCCUUCAUCACUCGAUGGUCGAUCGUGUUUACUGGAUUUGGCAAGCUCUUCACCCAAAACAGGCUAAUGAUAUCGCAGGCACCAUUACUGUCUCUAACAAUCCUCCCAGCAGAGACGCUCUCAAAACUGAUCCAUUGAACAUGGGAGUCAAUGCCCGCGAUAUUACCAUUGGUGACGCACUAAACACCCUGGGCGGCUCGCCGUUCUGUUAUAUUUAUCUAUAG